AUGGCGAGUAUAAAACCAGAAGCUGCUUUGGAGUCGUCUGGAGAGGACGCUCUGAAUAUGGAGCACAGUUCUGAGCAGUACACCACCGAGUAUGACCAAUUCGCCAGCAUCGAAGCUGAGUUGGAGUCGAUGAACGCCGAGGAGGUGACGACCACUGAAGAGGAGAUUGUUACGGUAGAAGAGCACGUGGAGACUGAAGAAAUCAAUGAAGAUGUAGAAAUGGCUGACGUCUCUGAAGAGCACGAGGAGACUGAAGAAGCUGAGAUCGAGACUGAGAUUGAAGCUGAGCACGAACCUGAGCACGAGCCUGAGCAUGAACCAGAGCCAGAAGCAGAGCCAGAGCCAGAGCCAGAAGUAGAACCAGAGAUGGAACAAGAAUUAGAACCUGAACCAGAGUUAGAACCUGAGGUUACUUUUAAGCCUGUUUCUAAGGUUACACAAAAUACGUAUCAAAAUAAAUCAGCUGCUCGAGCUUCUAUGUCUAAUAUUCAGCCAAAAGCAACAUCAACACCAUCAACACAGAGCCAGUCAAUAAUGCUAGUAUCCCCAGCAGGCCAAGGACCAAGUCAAUUUCUCAAAAUAUCCCACUCAACACCAACGUCAAGUUCCCAAUUACAAACAAUAGGUCACUCUCUAAUAACCGCCAAGUCUGCUGAGGGAAAUAUAGUACACCUUAGAUCAGCUCACCCCGGAAAGCCCCACGUCGCUACUUGUCAAUCUGGAAACAUAACUCUGACUAACGUCCCGCCAAUCUCAAAGAUGACUGCGACGUCAAUGAAACGACCAGCGCAGUCUCAGAACAAGAAUGUGUUCGCCAAGAUGAUAAUUUCUGGAAGUAAAGGCCACGAAGUUACCGAGGGUUCUCCAGCAGGUCCUACUUAUAAAGUCGUAACUUCUGGAGUGAGUCAAGGAAUUUCCAGCUCUACCAAGACGAUAACUCUGGCCCAAGCCCAGCAGAUGGGUCUCAUGCCACCUGGGAAAGUCCAACACAUUCUACCGUCUCCUCAGCAGAAGGGAAUCGUCAAUAAAGUCAUUCAGACUUCGUCGCAGCCGCCAAAGUUGACUCUCAUUCCCACAAGUUCCAUGAAAACUCCGGCUAAAAUUCUUCCCGCUCCAACUACUCAAGCCAGGUCCUCGCAGUUUGUUAAUUCCAAGCCCGGAACGCCGCAGAACUCGCAGAAGGUGAUAAUCAGACAAAGCGCGCUUAAACCCGGGUCAGUUGUCAGCAGCGGGCAGAUAAUAAGAAUUCCAGCUAAUCAAAAUAUUGUCACGUCAAACCAACUUCACCAGAUUCAAGUUCCUGGACGGCAAGUCCAGUAUGUCAGGUUAGUUAGCACGGCUCCGGCGACAACGUCUAAUGUUGUCACUGUUGGUAAGCCCAAGGUUGGAGGGACAGUUCAGUCGGUUGGAAUUACCCAAAAAAUUGGCGGUCAGCAACAGAUUAUCAAAGUUUUACCGCUCAACACUUCUGGGAACCAUCAGCUGAGGACAGUUGCUCCCAAGUCGACAAUCACCACCAGUGGUGGAACUCAGAGAUUGCUGAUACCUGCGUCGGGAAAUUCAACGAAGAAUGCACUGGCCAUUCCUGCCUCUGCUUUGAGCCAGCUCACUUCAGGACAAGCCGUUCUGUCGACGGGCUCUAACAUGGGAAAUAUUGUCGUUUUGCCGGCUCAGUACAUUCAGCAGCAGAAUGCAGACGAUAAAAAUAAAUCUACUGUUAUUAGCUCGCAGUCCUCUUCGGGAGGUAACGUUCAGUCGAUAACUAUCAGCGAUGUUCCGAAAAAUAAAUCUAAUUUGGAGCCCAAUGGUAUCAGACCACGGAAGCCCUGUAAUUGUACCAAGUCGCAGUGUCUUAAAUUGUACUGCGAUUGCUUUGCAAAUGGUGAGUUUUGUCACAUGUGUAACUGUAACAACUGCUCGAACAAUCUCGGAAAUGAAGAAGAGAGACAACGUGCUAUUAAGUCGUGUCUCGAACGCAAUCCAAGUGCUUUUCGUCCCAAGAUUGGAAAAGCUCGUGAAACUGGAGAUGAUAUACGAAGACACAACAAGGGAUGCAAUUGCAAACGCAGUGGGUGUCUUAAAAAUUACUGCGAAUGUUAUGAGGCGAAAAUUCCUUGCUCAGGUAAUUGUAAAUGUGUAGGCUGCAGAAAUAUUGAAGAUCCAGCUGUUGAAAAGAAAACUUUGAAAGAUUUAGCAGAAGCUGUUGAAGUUAGGGCAGCUCAGUUGACACUAAACAAAUCAAAGAUUCAACAACUUUCGGAAAUGGCUUUCAGAGUUCCGGCUGCUUCUAAUUCUGGUGCUAGACAACCAUUUAAUUUCUUGACUGACAAAGUCGUAGAGAUAACAUGCCAAUGCUUGAUGGCGCAAGCCGACGAAGCUGAGCGCAGUAUGUUCGACGAGGAUACAUCCGAGAGGAUGAUAAUCGAAGAAUUCGGUAGAUGCCUGAAAGAAAUAAUUGACUCGGCCCACAAAGCCGAAACAGCGACUUAG